UUAUCAGUCCUAGACCGAAUUCCCUGACGACUGCAUGGAUUUUACAACACUUCGGUUAAAUGUUGCAGUUUUGACUAAAUAUCCAUAACAGUUUUUGGAUUUAUAUGAUCAAAAUGUGCUUUUCAGUUUGAUUUUAUGAUUGUUUACGUAAUGUAUUAUUGUUGAAAGACCUGUAGAUUUUCAGUGCAAAGUGGAGUGAAAGUUUUUUUUCUUUCGCUUAUUGUUUCGAAAACAUUUUAUUAUUUUCAUUGUCUACAUUAUCAUGAGUCUAUUUACUGGGUUAUUUGUGUAUAUUAACUCGGUUUCCGUUAAUUAGAUUUGUACACAAAGAGAAAAUUGUGUUUUUAUUAGAAAUUAUUAGAACCUGUGAUAUUUAGGUAAAGAAAGAAACAACUCAAUUAUAAAAGUCUUCUGUGAAACCCAUAAAAAAAUAUAAAAAAUAAAAUUUGUAAUUAAAAAAAGUGUAAGAAUUAUCAAUUAAACAAACAAAACAAAAAACGAUCGAUUUUGGAUUACGCGUAUUGCAUCAAGAAAUGAGGAUUUUCGAUUUUUAACCGAUACCAAAAUGCCCGCACCGUUACUAUCACCGUCGCCACGGAAUCACGGACAAAAUGGCAGCGUCAGGGAAAUUUACUAUAUGGGUCUCAUCAUUUCAGCGGUUAUGCUUUGCAUCAACGGAAAAGCUCCAGUAGAACCAUAUUAUGGACGUUACAUUGGACCUCUAAAACAAUUUGGACACGGAAUCAAAGGUGACUUGUAUGCCGUAGACGAGUCGACCAUAUUUUUGAAAGGAUUUUCGUAUGAUGGUACCGGCCCCGAUGCAUUUUUCUGGGUCGGAAAAACGCCACGACCAAGUCCUGAAGGUUACAUCAUACCAUAUCCAGAGGAAUAUAACGGAAGAAAUCCACCAAUUCUUCAGGCAUACCACAAUGCUGACAUUAUAUUACGGCUUCCAAUGGGUAAACGAAUUAGAGACAUUAGGUGGCUAUCGGUGUGGUGUAGACGCUUCACGGUCGAUUUUGGAGAAGUUUUCAUACCAGCUGCAUUAGAUGUACCAAAACCACGGGUUUUACCCGAAUUUAAACGCUUAGCUCAUGGCUUACGUUCCAGCAAUAUUAGUGUUUUGGAUGCAAAGACAUUUUACAUUCCAAAUUUACAUUACGAUGGCACUGGACCUGAUGCAUUUUUUUGGGUCGGCAACGGCUCCGAGCCAGACCUAUUGGGUAUAAAGGUUCCCAACGAACUGGGUUCAAUUGAACCACUACGAGCUUAUCAAGGUGAAGAUAUAGAAAUACAGUUGCCUGGAAGUUUGACGGUGUAUGACAUUGAUUGGUUAUCGGUCUGGUCAACGACCUACCAUCACAAUUUCGGGCAUGUCUAUAUACCGAAAGAUCUCGAUGUACCUCCGGCGCUAGGUCAAACCAAAAUUUCGCCUCCGUGGUGGUAUAAUCCAACUACUACGACACAUCGACCGCCAAACACAAAUUGCAGAGAACUGUUGAAUGGAAGAUUGCAAAUCAAGUGGGAUGUUCAAGGUGACAAUAUUCAAAUCGAAUUGAUCGGACGAAUAAAGGGUGACCAGUACAUGGCAUUCGGCAUAUCCGGUACAAACGGAAGGCCUCAAAUGGUCGGUGCUGACAUUAUUGUUGCUUACUAUGACGCCGAAGCAAGAGUCUUUCGAGCUGAUGAUUACUACAUGUCGCAAAUAUCAGAAUGUGACGGGAAGCAAGGCGUUUGUCCAGAUGAAAGAGUGGGAGGUCGGAACGAUGUGCAAGUCUUGACUGGUUACCAAAAGAACGGCGUCACAAGCAUAAAAUUCCGUCGUCCACUUCAAACUAACGAGCCCGUCAACGAUCGGGCUUUUCCUAUUGAUCGUGAGGUGUCAGUGAUUGCUGCUAUUGGACCGUUAAAUACUCGCCGGGAAGCUAACGCUCACUCUCACACAAGUGUCGAUGUGAACACCGAAGAUAUUCAAAUCGAUUUUGCAACACGGAACGACCAAUCUUGUGCAACGUCUCUGUUCGACGUCAAAGAAGAGAAAGACAGUAAGCCAUUGUGGCCGACACGGGAAUUAUUCGGCGAAACAAUGAUCACUGCUCGUAUUGGUCCGAUGGGUGGAUCAAGAGGCUUUGCAGCGCAUGCCGACUAUCCGUCGCUCGGUAUGGCCUGGUACUUGAAUGAUAUGCUCGUGCCAGUCUUGUUUGUCGAACGAGGCCAAACGUAUGUGUUUAGUGUCGAAGGUGGCGAUAAGCCAUCUCAGUUGGACAAGUUUCAUCCAUUCUACAUAACGGAUUCGCCUGAAGGAGGAUUCGGAUUGAAAUCGGAAUCGGAACAGCGAAGGGAGAAAAUAUAUGCUGGCGUUGAGUAUCAUAGUGACGGAUAUGUAGAUCCGACCGCAGCCGGAAGACUAUGCGAAUGGCGACCAAAAACGAAGGACAGAUCCUCAGAGAUGAAUUCAUUCGACGAGUAUUUUAAGACAUUAGAUCUUCAUUGUGAACCUGGUGAGCCAGCGUUUUUAAAUUGGACAGUAGCUAUGGACACACCAGAUCUGCUAUAUUAUCAAUGCUUCAUGCAAAGAAAUUUAGGCUGGAAAAUCAACGUUGUUAAUCCAGGUCAAACCUCUCAACGAAAUCAUUCAAAUUCGUCGAAUCAAAUUCAAUCCUACGGAAGCAAUUUAAUAUUUUCGAUAAUUGUGACAAUAACCAUCUCUCGAGCGAUAUUUCGACAUUUAAAUGCCUGAUAGUUACAGCAACGUUUUCGCUGUUCUUAAUAUAUUCGAAUUGAAAAUAUGAAAAUUUUACUUUCACCAAUUCUAAUAUAUUAAAAACAGUUAUUAGCAACGACCACAAAUAAAAAAAAAACUAAUAAAAUAUCAUCAACCAGGCUCGAUAUCGCAUCAAAACAUAUCUCUGUGAAAAUGUGAAUUUGUGUGAAUGUGCGCAUGACAAUAAAUAAAUGUGUUGAUGGGGAUGGUUCAAAAUGAUUUUUUUUUUGUUGCCCUCUUCGUAGGAUAGGAACUUUAAAAUUCAGCUACAGCUUAUGUAACUCACAUUGCACUCGAAUGUUGAGAUGACUUGAUAUCCUAUAUGACUGCUGGUUAUUUUUAAUAAUUUUAUUCUCGUCAUGUGGGUCAGCUGUAAAAAUUAAUACGAGAAAAUGGGGCAGAUUUCGUUGAAAAGCGAUUUAAUUUAACAUUCUACGAUCUACCAUUUUGUAUUUUCCUAAAUUAGUUUGCUUUAACGUUGGUUCUAGAACCAUACCUGCGGAAUUUUAAAUUAUUUUCUGUUAAUUUAGGGACUUAUCCAAAGAAUUUCCUACGGAUUUACCAACUAAAUUUUAGUACAGUCAUAGGCAGUAAAAUUUCAGCAUGAAUUUGCUUCAACUGUUUUUCAGCUGAUUUACGCAUACAAUCAAAACUGUUUAUACGGUUGAAGCUGCUUCACGCACGUGCGUGGUGUUAAAGCCUUGUAAAUAUGUGCAAACAGUUUUGAUUGUUGGUACUGAUCAACUGAAAAACAGCUGAAGCAAAUUCAUGCUUCCAUUUCACUGUCUCUAACUGUAGAUAGAGGAUUUAAAUCAACGAUCCACCCCAUAAAUAAAUGCUAAUACCUAAAUGAAACCCAAAAAGGGGAGUUGCAACAAAAAAAAAAUAGUUUAAUGCCAUCAAUGGAAGUAUAGCAUUACAUUAUAGUGUACGCAUUCAGUAAAAUUAUUAUCAGAUCAAAAUUGAUGGCUCACUAGCAGUCAAAAAUUUCAGCAAAAUCGAAAACAUUCUUCGACAAUGUCGAAUCGCCAUUCAAUAUAAUCAAAAAUCUAAUUGCAAUCGACCGAAACAACACCAGUUUGGAUAUUUGUUUGCAAUUUGAACAGUCCAGGGACUACAGCUUGCCGGUAUCCUGUAGUUCUGAAUAGAGAUGUGCGGGCCGCCCGAAAUUCACCUACCCGACCCGGCCCAGCCCGACCCGAACGGGCUUGGGUCCGGGUUUCAAAAAUUAGUCGGGCUCGGGCGGGCUCGGAUUUCAAAAACAAAGAUUCGGGCUGGCCCGACUUUGUUCGUCUUUAAGAAAAAUGUGAAAAAUU